AGCGCUGAGGACAAAUACAAGAUAUGGAUGAGGCACCGCUACAACGACUGCGUGGGUUGCUUGGCCGAGCUGAUGGGACACGACGCCUUCCAGGUCAAGGAAUUAUCACUCUGCACCCUCAUGAAGUUUGUUGAGUUGGAGGCGCAAUAUCCAUUGAUCAAAGUGGAGUGGAAGGGGAGUUUAACUUUUCCUCGUGAACUUCUUAAGGUAGUUGUUGAUGGCUUGCUUCCCUUAAAUGAGGACGCUUCACUCCUGAUCUCUCGCUUUCAAGAAUAUAUGGAGUAUGAUGACAUUCGGUACUUUGUCAUAAAGGCGGUCACUGAGAGUAUUGGACGAGUCAUGCAGAAGACAAAAGAGAGGCCGCUGCCAUUUUACCAGCAGAACGUAUUUUCCCUCAUUUCGCCCAUUAACAUGCCAAACAAAGAAUGCGACAUGGUCAAAUUUAUGGUGAAGCAAGAUAACUGGGAGGAAUUGAAAGUGUCGAAGCUGCAGGCACACAAGCAGGCGUUUGAAAAAAUGUGGCUCAGUUUUUUGAAGCACAAGCUCCCCACUGGCCUUUACAAAAAAGUUCUUGUCAUUCUGCAUGACUCCAUCCUGCCUUACAUGAAUGAGCCCACUCUCAUGAUAGACUUCUUGACAGUGGCCUAUGGCAUAGGUGGAGCAAUCAGUCUUCUAGCCUUAAAUGGAUUAUUUAUUCUGAUUCAUCAGCAUAAUCUGGAAUACCCUGACUUUUACAAAAAGCUGUACAGCCUUUUAGACCCUUCUAUAUAUCACGUGAAGUACCGAGCCCGCUUUUUCCACUUGGUUGAUCUGUUUUUGUCUUCGUCUCACUUGCCGGCGUACCUGGUGGCAGCGUUCAUAAAGCGCCUCUCCCGGCUGGCCCUCACCGCUCCUCCCGAGGCUCUGCUCAUGGUCAUUCCCUUCAUCUGUAAUCUCUUUCGGAGGCACCCGGCGUGCAAAGUGCUAGUACACAGACCUAAUGGGCCAGAAGAUAUGUCAGAAGAUCCAUAUAUUAUGGAGGAGGAGGACCCGUCUGAAAGCAGGGCUUUGGAGAGCUCUCUCUGGGAGAUUCAGGCUCUACAAAACCAUUAUCACCCAGAUGUGGCCAAGGCAGCUGCUAUCCUGAACCAGUCGCUGUCUGAAAUAGAGGAUGACAUAUCAGGGCUCCUGGAGCUCUCAGCUUAUGAGCUUUUUGAUAAAGAAGUAAAGAAAAAGGCUGUUGAUGUGCCCCUGGAGUUUGAGCAAGUACGAGGUUUGUUUGGGAAGAAAAAUGAUAUUUUUGCAGAGCACUUCACUUUAGAUUGACAUGAUCUCUUGUAAACACACCUGCACAGCUGACUGAUCUUAGGGACGCGCACAAGGCUCACGUGUUGUGCUCGGCAAUUCUGCCUUUGAAGUAUCUCCAUGUGAUGAGAGCUGGACUGCUUGAGAAGGGUGCAGCCUUCUUCAGUGACCUUUGCCGCUACCCAUGGAUGGACUUUCCUUUGUUGCUUCUUGUUUCUCACGCUUGCACGUUGCCGCCUGGUACUUGGGAGGGAUUUUCCAUCAGUGCAAAUUUUUCUGGACUUGUUCAUUGCUG